GUCCGUGACGUCAUCAAGGCGCGCCGCAGCGGCUGUGGAUGGCGCCAUCCUGACAGCGUGUGUGUUUCUGCUUACCGCUGACACCAGCGCACUUUCUACUUUUUACAAGACUCUUUGUCACAGGGAUCCCAUGGACAUCAACAGUGCCAGUUCUGUGGUCCUGCAGGCCCUGACACAGGCCACCAGCCAGGACACGGCGGUGCUGAAGCCGGCCGAGGAGCAGCUCAAGCAGUGGGAGACGCAGCCGGGCUUCUACUCUGUCUUGCUGAAUAUCUUUAACAACCACUUGCUGGAUGUGAAUGUUCGAUGGCUGGCUGUCUUGUACUUCAAGAAUGGGAUCGACCGCUACUGGAGACGUGUUGCCCCCCAUGCGCUGUCAGAGGAGGAGAAGACCUUGCUACGUGCUGGCCUCAUCACCAACUUCAACGAGCCGGUCAACCAGAUCGCCACACAGAUCGCGGUACUGAUCGCCAAGGUGGCCCGUUUGGACUGCCCACGUCAGUGGCCCGAGCUCAUCCCCAUCCUGCUGGAGUCUGUCAAGGUGCAGGACGGCCUCCAGCAGCACCGAGCCCUGCUUACUUUCUACCAUGUCACCAAGACGCUGGCCUCCAAGCGACUGGCCACAGACAAGAAGCUUUUCCAAGAUCUGGCCUCUGGCAUCUACAGCUUCGCGUGUUCGCUGUGGAACCAUCACACGGCCACCUUCCUGCAGCAGGUCUGCUCCGGGGACGAGGCGGCUGCCAUCAACUCGCUGGAGAGGACCCUGCUGUCACUGAAAGUGCUGCGGAAGCUGACCGUUCACGGAUUCAACGAGCCGCACCACAACAUGGAAGUGAUGGGCUUCCUAAAUGCUGUAUUUGAGAGACUGAAGCAAUUCCUAGAGUGUUGCAGGCGAGUGGGUCCAAGCAGCGCCUGCAGAGAGAAGCUGGAGAAGACCAUCAUACUCUACACCAAAGUGCUGCUGGACUUCCUGGAGCACCAUCCGUGCCCGUUCAUCCCACUCAUUCAGCGCUCUUUGGAGUUCGCCGUCAGCUACGUGUUCACCGAGGUCGGGGAGGGCGUCGUCUUCGAGCGCUUCAUCGUGCAGUGCAUGAACCUUGUCAAGAUGAUUGUCAAGAAUGAUGCCUACAAGCCGGCCAAAAACAUCGAAGACAGCAAGCCGGAGAGCCUGGAAGCUCACAAGAUAAAGAUGGCCUUCUUCACCCACCCGACCCUCACCGAAAUCGGCAGGAGGCUGGUGUCCCACUACUUUCUGCUGACAGAGGAGGAGCUGGCCAUGUGGGAAGAGGACCCUGAAAGCUUCGCCGUGGAGGAGACUGGGGGUGACUCCUGGAAAUACAGCCUGCGGCCAUGCACAGAAGUUUUGUUCCUGGAUGUCUUCCACAGCUACAGUCAGACACUUACCCCUGUGUUGCUGGAGAUGGUUCAGAAUCUGCAAGGACCCACGAGCAUCGAAGAGCCAGUGCGACUCCUCAUCAAGGAUGCCGUGUACAACGCCGUUGGACUCGCCGCCUACGAGCUGUUUGACAAUGUGGACUUUGACUUGUGGUUCAAGAAUCACCUUCUGGCUGAGCUGCAAGUCAGCCAUCACAGCUACAAGCUCAUACGACGGAGGGUGAUCUGGCUAAUUGGCCAGUGGAUCUCUGUGAAGUUCAAGUCAGAGCUGCGGCCACUGCUGUAUGAAGCCAUCCUGGGCCUCAUGCAAGACCCAGACCUCGUGGUCCGAAUCGAGACGGCCACAACACUGAAGCUCACCGUCGACGACUUCGAGUUCAGGACCGAGCAGUUCCUGCCGUACCUGGAAUCCAUCUUCGGGCUGCUCUUCCAGCUGCUGCAGCAAGUGACGGAGUGCGACACCAAGAUGCAGGUCCUGCACGUCAUCUCCUGCGUCAUCGAGAGGGUCAACAUCCAGAUCCGGCCCUACGUGGGCUGCCUGGUCCAGUACCUGCCGCUCCUGUGGAAGCAGUCAGAGGAGCACAACAUGCUACGCUGCGCCAUCCUCACCACGCUCGUCCACCUUGUGCAGGGUCUCGGAGCAGAGAGCAAGAACCUUUACCCGUUCUUAUUGCCUGUGAUCCAGCUGAGCACGGACUUGUCCCAGCCGCCGCACGUGUACCUUCUGGAGGAUGGCCUGGAGCUUUGGUUGGUGACGCUGGAAAACAGCCCCUCCAUCACUCCCGAGCUCCUCAGAAUCUUCCAGAACAUGUCCGCCCUCCUUGAACUCAGCUCAGAAAACCUGCGAACAUGCUUCCAGAUCAUCAACGCCUACACCUACCUUUCAGCCACGGAGUUCCUGCAGAACUAUGCCGAGGGUUUGUGUAGGUCAUUCUGCGAGCUGCUGAAGGACAUCACCAUGGAGGGCCAGGUCCAGGUAUUGAAGGUGGUAGAAAUCGCCAUUAAAGUGAGCCCCCAUUUAGGCGCCCACAUGUUCCAACCCCUCCUGCCCGACGUCUUCCGGGGAAUCUUAGACGGAGAGAGGUAUCCCGUGGUCAUGUCCACAUACCUGGGAAUCAUCGGCCGCGUGCUCCUCCAGAACUCCAGCUUCUUCUCCUCCCUCCUCACGCAGAUGGGCGCGGAGUUCAACCAGGAGAUGGACCAGCUCCUGGGGGGUCUGAUCGAGAUGUGGGUGGACCGCAUGGACAACAUCACGCAGCCCGAGAGGAGGAAGCUGUCGUCGCUGGCUCUGCUCUCCCUGCUCCCGUCAGACAACAGCGUGAUCCAGGAUAAGUUCUGCGGCAUCAUUAAUGUCUGCGUGGAGGCGCUACACGACGUGAUGACAGAAGAUCCCGAAACAAGCACGUUUAAAGACUGCAUGCUGAUGACCCACUUUGAGGAGCCCAAGCUGACUGACGAUGAGGAGCCCCCAACAGAACAAGACAAGAGGAAGAAGCUGCUGGCCCUGUCGGACCCCGUGCACAGCGUGUCCCUCCAGCAGUGCGCCUACGAGAAGCUGAAGGCCCAGCAGCUGCUGAUGGGGGAGCCGGGUUUCCAGGCGCUGAUGGAGACUGUGGAUACGGAGAUCGUGCGGCAGCUUCAGGAGUUCCUCAAGGGGCUCUGAGUGGCCCGGCUUGUGGACAGGAUGCUGAGAAUAGCUGGCCCCUCCCCCCCCCCGCCCCCGACAUCACCGCCACCGCCGCCACCGAGAGGAAGCCGCACCAGUGUCAUGUGGCCGGAACGCUGCCAGAGCUCCUGAUUAACUUGUAACUUUUGCUGCUCCUUUUUUUUUUUUUUUUUUUUUAACUACGGGGGAGGAACUGGGUGGGGCACCAUUUCCCGAAAGGGGGUCAGAGUGGGCGAGAUGGCAGCCCCUUUGGACUUUUUGUAUUGGGAAGCCAGAACUGUGGGAUUUUUUAUUUUAAUUUAGAUUUUUUUGUUGUUUUUUUUAUUUUCUUUAUUUUUGAUUUAUUAACGGAGAGACCUGAACAGUGUUUACAGAUUUAUUCUUAAUAGAAAUCAAGAAAUGUAAUUUUGUAUUUAUGUGAAAUAUGAAGAAUAUUCUCCAUGACAGGUCCCCCCCCCCCCCACAAAGGUGAAGACAUGACUACUGAAAUGAAUUGGAGGACUUGCUGGCGUUUCCAAACACACACAUAGAUAUAUUUUUUGCUCACCUGACAGUGGAUGAGAGACACUUUGUAGAAUUAUAAUGACGCCAUGUGCGUGUGCUUAGGUGGGCGUGACCCCCCGUGCUUUUAUUAACAACCGGCUGCUGCUGCUUUGCUUACACACCCCCAACCGCCCCCAACCCCAGUCACGUGGUGCGUGACAAUCAAGAGCACUAUGGAAACCAAAAAAAUUAAUGAAUGGUACAGUACACUGCUUUCCAUAUGACAGUCCUGAGCUAAAUGUAAGGACAGAUAGAAUUCCAGGCUUUCCUCUCCUUUAAACCUUGCAGAGGAAUGACUGCUUUUUGUUGGUUUACCUUUGUGAGAGAGACACACACUACUGUGGACCUGGGGCUUUGCGGAGGGCAUCAGCGUGCACUAGCUAAAUAGCCACUGUGACUGAGCUAAGUAGCAUAAAAUAAAUAAAUAAAAAAUACGGCCUUACACUAUCAGCCUUACUUUACCCACGAAAAUUUAAUUUACUCUCUUUAUUUUGAGGUUGAGGAUUUGCUUGUUCUCGUACUGACUUUGACAUUUUAAAUACUGUAGCAUUGUACACUUUGUAGCCAUUUAGGUUAUAAAAAGGGGUCCUUUCACAUUUUUCAGUAAGUCAGCACCAAUAAAAUGCAGACCAUGUUUGAACAGC